GAGGUUUGGAGAAUUGAUCGGGCCACGUCAAGAAAAGCACCCAUACGUUGUACUGAACAAGUGCAGAGUAGACUCUCGACAAGGAUACAGAGACAGUCGGCUAUCACCUGAACUUUCAUAAACCGUAUUAAGAGAUAUCAUUUACACUCCUGUUUAUUACAAUGGACUGCGCUUUUGAACACUUGGAUGCUGUUGGUUUUCUGGAGAUUUGGCAACACUUUGAUGCAGACGAUAAUGGUUACAUUGAGGGGAAGGAGUUGGAUCACUUCUUCCUUCACAUGAUGACGAAAUUAGGUCCGGAGGAUAAAGUAACAGAGGAGAGGGUCCAGAGGCUGAAGCAGAGGUUCAUGUCGGCCUAUGACGUCACCGCAGACGGACGCCUGCAGAUCCAGGAGUUGGCCGUGAUGAUCCUGCCACAGGAUGAGAACUUCCUCCUGGUGUUCCGCAGGGAAGCCCCUCUGGACAACAGUGUAGACUUUAUGAAGAUCUGGAGAAAAUAUGAUGCUGACAGCAGUGGAUACAUAUCAGCUGUGGAGCUGAAGGGUUUCCUGAAGGACUUGUUCCAGCAGCUCGGGAAGGCUGUGUCCUCCAGCAAACUGGAAGUACACAACGCAAUGAUGAAGAUUUUUGACAAAAAUAAGGACGGUCGCUUGGAUCUGAACGAUUUGUCCAGGAUCCUGGCUCUAGAAGAGAAUUUCAUGCUACAGUUCAAAAUGGAUGCCUCCAGUCAAGAAGACAGAAAGAGAGACUUUGACAAAAUAUUCAACCACUAUGAUGUUAGUAACACCGGAGCUUUGGAAGGACCAGAGGUGGAUGGCUUUGUAAAAGACAUGAUGGAACUGGUCAGGCCCAGCAUCACUGGUCCAGAGCUGGAUAAACUGAGGGCUGUGCUGCUGGGACACUGUGACGUCAACAAAGAUGGAAAGAUCCAGAGGAAUGAGCUCGCGCUGUGCCUGGGAAUGAAGCCCAAUAAGGCCUAGUCUUCCCCGUGCAGAGAAGACCUCUACUACGGAUCCUUCCCCUCACUGUGAUGCAUACAGAACACCCAGAACGGAUCCUUCCCCUCACUCUGAUGCAUCCAGAACACCCAGAACGGAUCCUUCC